AUGGAACACCAAGACCAGCAAGCCGCUGUCUCGAACCAGCAGCAACAAACCAAUCAAGGCGGACCACAGGUUUCUGGGACGAGUCAGCCAAUUCAAGACGGUCAUAGUGCUGGACACGAAGCACAAGCACAAUCACUAUCAGCUCACGGAAUAUCCCUGCCGGCUGAGCAUUCCAUUCCAAACAACGGCCUGCCAGUCUUCCCGCAUGCUGAUAAUACGUUUGCCACACUUCCACCACAACCGGUCUUUAACAAUGGAGCGUUUGCCAACCCCGCCGUGAUAAUACCUCCGAAUCAACAAGUCUUAGGUCUUCAAAACUUGGCUAUCGGACAACCACCCAACGGAAAUAGCUUAAGCGCAGAUGACAUCGCCCUAUAUGACCGUCAGCUACGACUAUGGGGCAUGGAAGCCCAACAAAAGAUUCAGAGUGCCAAUAUUGUUAUUAUAACUAUGAAGGCCCUGGCAAAUGAGAUCGCCAAGAAUCUCGUCCUGGCAGGAAUCGGUUCCCUAACUGUCGUCGACGACCAAAUCGUCACCGAAGCUGAUCUGGGGGCCCAAUUUUUCCUCUCGGAGGAGAAUAUCGGCCAAAGCCGUGCCGAAGCAGCCGCUGGGCGAAUUCAGAAGCUGAACCCUCGAGUCAAGGUCAUUGCCGACUCUGGAAGCAUCAUGACCAAAGGCGCGUCAUUUUUCGGCAACUUUGAUAUCGUCAUCGCUACAGAUCUCAGUCCCACACUCCUUGCUUUCAUCAACACCGCCACACGCCUUCAUAAUCGACAAUUCUACGCAGCGGGAACUUAUGGUUUCUAUGGCUACAUAUUCUGCGACUUGAUUGAGCACGACUACGUCGUACAGCGAGACAAGUCUAACGUGCCGACGUCCAUUGGCCCAGAGACACGAACUCGCAGCAUUAUCAAGGUAGAGAGUCAGAAGGAAGGCGGCAAAACAAUCGAGAAGGUCCAGAAACGCGAACUAUACUCCACAUGGGAUCUCGCCUCCGAGACGAGUCUACUGCCUCCCGAGUAUACUAAAUCCAAACGCCGUCUGAAGGCCGUCUCGCCGGCGCUAUCUUGCCUACGCGCGCUGUGGGCCUUUCAGCAGACGCAUGAAGACCGUUUCCCCGAGCACAACAAGCAGGACCUGGAAAUCUUCACGAGAUCAGCUACGCACAACCACCAGCUGUUGUCCCUCCCCGGAGAUACCCUCAAAUCCGAGUUCCUGCGCAGCUUCCUUCAGAAUAUUGGCUGCGAGAUCGCGCCCGUGACGGCGAUCCUCGGCGGCCAGCUAGCCCAGGACGUGAUCAAUGUGCGCGGCCAGCGCCAGCAGCCGAUCCAGAACAUGGUCGUCUUCGACGGAGACAAGAUGGAGGCCGAGAUGUACCCGCUCCACCCCGAGGGCCCCGUCGGCAGAGCCCAGCUGGAGCUGGCCACGCCCAUGAUGCCGCUGCCCCAGGUCGACGCCUCGCAGAUGCUUCCCAUAGACCAGUCCGGCAUGAUGAUGGGAACGCACGGGAUGUAA